GGUUUCCUUUAUGAUCCCGGGAUCUCCCACAUCCCUCGCCAGACAUCAGCCAGCAGCACAACUGAACGCAGCUCCCUCUCUGACUCCCUCUCUUUCUCUCCCUCCUCUUUCUCUCUCUCUUUUUCUCUCUCUCCCCUUAACGCACAAACACCUUCUCUGGCUGCAGCUGCACCGCAUACAGAGACCGCAACGCACCGGGUUCCACUCUCAGAGAGAAACCCUCCUGCAGGAGACAAGCGGCUGCAAUUUGCGCGAAGAGGGAUCUAAAUCUCCCCGAGGAAAGGAAGUCUGCUUUGUGUUGCUCCUUUUUUUGUAUUUCUUCCCCUUCUUUUCUACGCGGGUUAGCUCUUCUAUACGUGCCACAAUGUCCGAGGUGCUGCCAUACAACGAGGGCAAAAUGAGCGGCUACGGAGCGGACAGCGAGGUCAGCCAGAUGUCCUUUAGCUGCGGACUGCAGGACACAAGCGCCUUCUUCGCUGCGUCGCAGGCGAAAAGACCCCCAAAGCUGGGACAGAUCGGCAGAGCCAAGCACGUGGUCAUCGAGGACGACCGAAUAGACGAGGUCCUGAAGGGGAUGACGGACAAGUCCUCACCUGGCGUUUAAAGCGUCUCCGAUGGCCUUGCAGACUUUUUUAAUUUCCGAUCACCCGAUUUGAAGCACUUGUCGGCUGUGCAUGUUCGAGGAUUGCAGGAGAGAAAGAGAGAGAGGAGAAGAAGAAGAGGAGGAAGAAGAAGAAGAAAAAAACACGGGCAGCUCUGAACGAGGAUGGGGAUGAUGAAAGGAGGAGAAAAAAGAAGGGGAAUGGACAAAGCUUUGAGAGGGGGGGGAAAGGAAAAGGAAGAGGUGAAGAAAGACUGGUGGACUCUAAGAGGAGGGGGGAGAGAAAAAAAUAAAGACCAAGAUUUAUUGUGGGAUUGCUGGCAAUUCUCCAAAAAGAAUCCCGAUUUUAACUACCGAUGCGCAGCAGGAUGUUGAGAUGGCUGCUGCGCAUCUCAACCUCUGCUGACUUAAAAUAAUGGAUGAACUUGUCGUUUUCCUUCACGAUCAUCUCUUUCUGUUUCUUUUUUUUCUAGAAAUAUAUAUAUAUAUAUAUAUAUAUAUAUAUGAAUAUAUAAAUAUAUAAAAGCGCUGUAAACAACAAAACACUGCAACUAUAGAGGGCCCUAUUGACCAGCCCUAUUUCAAUAAGUUGUACAGUAGGUGAAGCUAUAAGCUCUCAAAACGCCCCGCCUCCCCCUUCUUUCCUCAGCCCUUUAGGCUUUGCUUUGUUGAUCCAGUCAGCCACGGCGCAUUUUAAGGGAGCUGUCCUUUCAGCACUGAUCCAAUGCAUCCCCUGUUGCUGCUAAUGCUUUUACAAGAAGAAGAAGAAGAAGAAGAAAAAAAGAACAGAUAAACCAAACUUUAUUAAAGGAGACUCAUUAUAUGUAUAAAGACAUAUUAUCUGAGGAUGUUGAUAUCUUCUGUAGUAGACACCUCUUCCCCC